ACAGACAGCAGCUCUUAAAAGGAGGCCACGAAAGGGCUGUGCAAGAGGGGACUGCGCUGGGAGGCAGUUGCUCCAAAGUGGGUGUUUUUUUGGCCAAACACCCCACAAAAGCCUGUGUCAACACCCAGAGCAGCUGCUUUUUAUGCUUUUCACCUCCCCUCGUGGUUGGGACCCCACGACCAAGUCGAGGUGUCUAUGGGGGGCGGGCAGGGUGCCUGACUCCCUUGAACAUGGCUCCUUCCUGGGCGCCCCUGCUGAAUUCCUGCUGAAUUCCUGGCGGCCGGGAGCAUCUCCCGACCCACGUGUGUGCUUCCUCCCGGCUCGCGGCAGGCUCGGGCGCAGCGACAUGGCCGCGUCGUCGUCCUCGUCGUCGGCUGGCGGCGUCAGCGGCAGCUCCGUCUCCGCCUCGGGCUUCAGCGUGUCGGAGCUGGCGCCACCGCGCAAGGCCCUCUUCACCUACCCCAAAGGCGCUGGAGAGAUGCUCGAAGAUGGCUCCGAGCGCUUCCUCUGCGAGUCCGUCUUCAGCUACCAGGUCGCGUCCACGCUCAAGCAAGUGAAGCACGAUCAGCAAGUGGCGCGCAUGGAAAAACUGGCGGGGCUGGUGGARGAGCUGGAGGCCGAUGAGUGGAGGUACAAGCCCAUCGAGCAGCUCCUGGGCUUCACUCCCUCCUCGGGCUGAGCCCGCCAGCCACAGAACCUCUCCAGGGUGCCCUUUGGAGCCGCUGAAACRUGGGAAAAUGCCCCCGUCCGCGGCCGCCCGGAAAGGAUCCGCUCUGCAGCUCCUGGGGGGCAGCUUGUGGGGGAGCAGAGACAUGGAGGUUUGGGGUGGGAGCUGUUACUGGAGCUCCAAGGAUCGUCUCUUGUCCACAAGCACAAAGCGCUGCCAAAAAGCCCGCUCGUCGCUGCCAGUUUUGCAGGUGAAUAAACAGGAGGAGAACUCCCUUUUYCCCCCC